AUGCUUAGUAUGAUGGUUCCUCUCCGCACUCUGGUCGUAGCCGUGCUGCUACGAGCGGUUGCCGCGAUCAAGAUCGUGGAGGACGGGGACAGGGACGGGCCCGAGGUCAUUUUUGGGGAGAGCUCUGACGUGUGGCGCAAGAUCAUGGAGGCUAGCGCCAACGCAGUGCAGCAAAAGCACCACGCAGAGGAGGCGGCGAAGGCUGCCGCGGAGGCCAGAACGGUCGACGAUGCGGCGAGGGAUGCAGUAGCGGCAAAGGCUGCAGCUGAUGCCACGGCCGCAGAGCAGGUGGCGAAGGCUUUGAAGGAGGCCAAGGCUACUGAGAGGGCUGCUGCGGAAGCCAAGACGACAGAUGAGGCGGCAAAGGUUUCCGCGGAGACCAACGGUGCAGACGAGACCGCCAAUGUUGCUUCAGAGACCAGUGCCGCGGAACAGGUUGCGAAAGCUGCCGAGGAGGCCAAAGCUGCAGAAGAGGCGGCGAAGGCUGCCGCACAGGCCGAGGCGGCCGAGGCGGCGGCGAAGAAGGCCGCAGCGGCGAAGGCUGAACCAGAUGCCAGGGCCGCAGAGAAGGCGAAGACUCUCGCGGAGGCCGAAGCUGCCGAGAAGGCGGCCGAGGAGGCCAAGGCGGCAGAGGAGGAGGCAACGAAGGCCGCAGCAGAGGCCGAGGCGGCCAUGGAGGCGGCGAGGGAGGCCGCGGCGGUACGAGCUGCAGCGGCGGCCAGGGCCGCAGAGGAGACGGCGAGGGCUCUGGCGAAGGCCAAGGCUGCCGGGGAGGCUGCCGCGGAGGCCAGAGCUGCAGAGGAGGCGGCGAAGGCUGCCGCGGAGACCAGUACCACGGAGCAGGCUGCGAAGGUUGCCGAGGAGGCAAGAGCUGCCGAGGAGGUGGCGAAGCCUGCAGCGCCGCCAGCGCCAGCGUCGAUCACGGAGGACCGCCAUGAUAGGGGGCGACCACAAACGACUCCUCCGCCGACAGCGCCCCCGACGCCAGAGCCGACGCCAGAGCCGACACCCGAGCCGACAUACGUAUAUGACGGUCCAGGCAUCCCUUGCUCGUGUCACGUGCCGCAAUGCUUCCAAACUUACGACCUCAAUAGUGAUGGUUGCCUCACCCUGAACGAGUGUGACCUGCAAACGCCCAUCUUGGGAUACUGUUUCCAGGUACCAGCAGAUUGCGGGCCAGAGAAGUGGGACGUGAAUGAUGACAGCUCGCGGUGGCGGACCUAA